AUGACGAUGCCGAAGCGGAUCGCCCACAACGCCCACAGGGAGCACCCCUUGGUUCUCCGUGACACCGGCAGUUCCUGCUUCCGCUGCGAUGGCUGUGGCUGUGACGGCUCCGGCCUCCGCUACCGCUGCGGCGAGUGCGACUUCGACCUCCACGAGCACUGCGCGACGUGCCCGCCCACCGCGUCCGUCCCGUUCCACGCGCAGCACGCGGUGGAGUUUGAGGACCAGGCCGCCGUGUUCCCCGAGACGAGCCCGCGCAGCUGCGACCUCUGCGGCGCGUCCGUCACGGGCAUGCACUACUUCUGCCGCCCCCUGUCUGCGCCCAGCUUCCUGUCGCCGCCGUCUCGCCGGUGCACCCGGCGCACCUCGUCACGCUCACCGUGUCGGUGCCCCGGAAGUGCACCCACUGCGGCGUCGACUGCUUGCUGUGCCGCUACCGAUGCAUCCCCUGCGGAGUCGACCUGCAUCUAA